AGAAUUGACAGGAAGCAGAGGCAGGAGGCAGCAGCAGAAGCAGCUCAGGAGGUGGGGGAUUGUUUCAAGUAAAUAUAUAUAAUAGAAAAAGUACAUGUUUUUAUCUUUAUAUAUUUAUUUAUUUAUUUAUGUGAAUUAUAUAUUGCAUAUAUGUGUGAUUUCUGGGUUUGGGUAUCAUUGAAAGGCAGUGAAGACAGCCUGCAAGAGAAUCCAACACCUAAACAUGGUAAAGCUUAGGAACUGACCCUUCCCCUCUCUAUAGAUUCACCUUCACAAUCCUUUUCUCCAUCCCUCUCUUUCUCUCUCAAAGGAAACACUUUCCUUCCUAAAACCUCUCUGCCAAGCCACCUUUUUCCCCCCAUCUCCACCGCCAACCACCCCCACUUCUUCCACCUACUCUUCCUCCGACACCCCUCAGAUGUUAGGUAUUGCUUUUCGAUUCACUUUCUGCUUCCAACCUCACAGUUUCUAAAUUCCCAUAUAUCAACAUCCCCAUCCAUCAUCAGCUCACACACACACACACACACACACAGAGAGAGAGAGAGAAAGAGAGUUUCUGUUCUUUGUUCGUUCUUCAAGUACUGGAAGAGAGAAGCUAGCUUUCACUCAUGACCUUCAAACACAAAGCUGCAGCUCCAUUUUACUGCUUCUUCUUCUUCUUCUUCUUCUGUGGAUUCUUCACUUCCACAGCUACAUGUAUAGGCAUCAGGUGUUCAUUUUCUGGUAAGCCUGAUUGCCAUUUUCAGGAUUUUGAAAAGAGAAGAGUUAAGGAAAACAUGGAGUUUCCCUUGUUUACAACAAGGAGAAUUUUGAGUGGUCCUGGAUCAUCACCACCGCGAUGCACUGGCAAGUGUGGCAACUGCACUCCGUGUAAGCCGGUGCAUGUGGCGGUGCCGCCUGGAACUCCGGUUACUGCUGAGUAUUACCCAGAAGCAUGGAGGUGCAAAUGUGGAAACAAGUUGUACAUGCCAUGAUGUUAUUGUUGAAUUAACUGUGUUAGUCAUCACCAGGUUAAAAAUUCUAGCUAUUGGAUCACUUGCUAGUAUGGUAAAAAAAGGAGAAAAAGAAAUGUUGCCAAGUUAUUAAUUUUUACUAUGAUGAAUAUUGAGGAGAAGAAAUGUAUAGGGUUUUUAACUCUUUUUUUUUUUUUUAUUUGUAUAAAACAUAUAAUUUUGACAA